CUUGGCAACUAACAGAAGAACAACAAACCCCGAACAGAUCGCGGAGGCGGCUCCUGUGAAGGGGUGGAGGCCUGUGAUGUGACGUGCUGCUGAAAACGGGCUCUGCUUUGGUCUCCGCUACAUCAGAGGUAAGAGACUGAAGAUCUGUGUAACGAGAAACUGUCCCUGACAGAAACAUCAGACUCCGGACGCCACGCUCGGACGUUUGGCAAACGCAGCACCUCAGGGCUGGAACCAUGGAGUCAUCCUCUGAUGAAGAGGAGGUGCGCACCUUCGUCCAGGGCGUCAGCGAGAAGUACAACCCAGACAACUUCCCCUUUGGCCAGGGCCUGGGAGUGGUGGUUCUGUCCACCCCUCCAGGAUCUCCGGUCAAGGAUCGCGUCUUCCUGCCCAGUAUUCUGGUUCUGAACUCCUAUGGAAUCCGUAAAGCCGGCGACAAGUCGGACAUCGCGGCGUUCUGCGCUCACGUGGUCGAGCUGGACCUGUCCCACAAUCAGCUCAAUGACUGGGGAGAGAUCUGCACCAUUGUCUCCAACACCCCCCACCUGGACUUCCUCAACCUGAGCAUGAACCCUCUGUGCGGCGCCGAGCUGGAGCCCAGCAUGGCCGAGAUCUUCUUCAGGGUCCGACAUCUUGUCCUGAUCAACACAAACGUCAGCUGGGACACCGUGCACACACUCACACGACACACACCAGAGCUGGAGGAGCUUUUCCUGUGCCUGAACGGCUACAACACCGUCUCCGAGUCCCAGACGUCCUGUCCGUCGCUACGUCUGCUGCAGAUCACAGACAACCAGCUGCAGACUUGGGCGGAAGUGAGGAAGUUCGGUCCGAUGUACCCGUGUCUGACGAAGCUGGUGCUGGCCAACAACAGCGUGGAAUCUGUGGGCGACUCUCAGGAAACCCUGCAGCGCCUGUUCCCCAACCUGCGCAGCAUCAACCUCAACUACUCAGGGCUGAGUGAGUGGGAGGACAUCGAGAGGCUGAAGUUCUUCCCUAAGCUGGAGGAAGUCAAAGUGAUGGGGAUUCCUCUACUGCAGCCGUACACAAUGCAGGAGAGACGCAGCCUUGUCCUAGCACAGCUGCCGUCUGUAGUGGUGUUGAACGGGGGUUCGGUGUCUAGCGGAGAGAGGGAGGACGCUGAGAGGUUCUUCAUCAGGUUCUACCAGGACUGUCCCAAACAGGAGCUUCGCGAGAGGUACCACAUCCUCGUGUCCAAGUACGGCCAGCUGGCUCCGCUGGCCGAGGUGGACCUGAGCCCCUCCUGCACCGUGGUGGACGUCCGCUGGGGGGACCGGGUGGAGACGGUCAGCCUCCACCUGGAGCAGACCGUCGGCGACUUGAGGAAGCACCUCCGAGCGGUGCUGCAGCUGCCCACCAAUGGGAUCAGGCUCUUCUACAUCAAGCGGGAGAUGUGCUCGGUGCUGGGACAGGAGGAGUUGAGGUGGGGGUCCCGGGCGCUUCACUCCUACCGCAUCCAAGACGGAGACGAGAUCCUAGUCGUGCCCAAAGUGAAAAGCCGCUGCAGCUCCUCAAACCUUGGGGAUCACGUGGAGCUGCUGCUGCCGCCGCUCAGUGAAGCCCCCCUGGCAGAAAGUCGGGGGUCUCGGGUCCGGGGACAGAGAAACAGAAGAAGCGGUGACGCUCAGGUUACCGCUCAGGUCUUCUGGCUCUUCUGUCCAGCCCAUGAAUGGAGCGGCUCUCUGUCCCUGCAGCUGAGAAACGCUGAGGCCCCGUCGGUAUGCAGCAUAACUCUAAUCCUGAGUGCGAUAUCUAUGCCACCCACCCCUCGGCACAGCGUCACCAGCAGCACCCAGUUCGGGAGCAGAGGAGCCAGUGGACCACUCAGUCACAACGCAAAUUUCCCCUCCACUGCUUCCUUCUACUCCCUCUACACCACGACCACUGGAUGGUCCUCUGCUGGAUGGGACACGGCUGUGAGGAGGCUGCCAGCUAGUACUCAGGACAUCCUGUACCCGUAUGGACCCGGCCACAGGGAUCUCGAGACCCCCAAGAUGGAUGAUGGGAGUUCUCCAGAAAUUAGCUUGCUCAUUCCCUUUGUUUUCUUCAACAUCCCCUACCGUUCCAUCUAUGUGAACAACAACGGUGUGAUCUCCUUCAACGUGCAGGUUAGCCAGUUCACACCUGAGGCUUUUCCGCUGAGCGAUAGCAGAUCAUUCAUUGCUCCACUUUGGGCAGAUGUGCACAACGGCAUCCGCGGAGAUGUCUAUUACAGAGAAUCCACAGAGCGAGAAAUACUGGAAAGGGCAACGCAAGAUGUCCGGAAGUACUUCAAAAAUGUGCCGACCUUCACCGCCACCUGGGUUUUUAUUGCAACAUGGCACCAGGUCACCUUCUAUGGAGGAAGCCAGACAACCCCGGUGAACACAUUCCAAACGGUACUAAUCGCAGAUGGCGUCGCAUUCUUCACUAUGUUCAACUAUGGAGAAAUCAUAUGGAGCACAGGAACGGCCAGUGGGGGGGAUCCUUUAACAGGACUUGGUGGGACAACCGCUCAGUCAGGUUUCAAUGGUGGAGACAUUGGUCACUUCUUCAACCUGCCAGGAUCCCGGUCAAAUGAAGUAGUGAACAUUGAACAAUCAACCAAUGUUAACAUUCCUGGACGCUGGUUCUUCCGUGUCGACACUGAAUUGAUAGAUCCCGCAAACGGCUGCAGCUUCAAUGGGCGUUACUACAGGCGAGGGGAAAACUUCUGGUUGUCUGAUCGGUGCUUACAGCGCUGCCGCUGCCUCGACAUUGACAACGAGGUCCGCUGCCAAGAAGCUCCGUGUGGGCAGCUGGAGACCUGCGAGCAGCAAGAAGGGGCAUUCUACUGCCAGCCGAUCCGCACCAGCACCUGCGUGGUAUUCGGCGACCCUCACUACCACACCUUCGAUGGCUUCCUCUAUCACUUCCAGGGGACCUGCUCCUACCUGCUGGCUCGACCCUGCUGGGAGGUGACAGGACUGCCCUUCUUCAGUGUGGAGGCAAAAAACGAGAACAGGGGAAUCACCUCUGUUUCCUGGCUCAGAGAUGUCACAGUGGAAGUCUAUGGUCACCGUGUCAUGUUACCCAAAGGCAGUUUGGGAACAGUCCAGGUGGAUGGCUUGACCAAAACUUUACCUGUCCAACUCCAGCUUGGGGCUAUCAGGGUGUAUCAAUCAGGGGUUGCAGUUGCUUUGGAAACAGAUUUUGGCCUCUUGGUAACGUACGAUGGCCAACAUUAUGCAUCCAUCUCCCUACCAAGCUCCUACUUCAACAACACCUGUGGCCUCUGUGGUAACUACAACGAUGACCCUGCGGAUGACCCUGUGCUUCCUGAUGGCUCUUUAGCAGAAAGCGUGGUGGAGUUGGGAGGCAGCUGGCGAGCGGAGGACACAGACUGGAGGUGCACAGAUGGCUGCACGCAAAACUGCAGCGUGUGUGACCCUGUGACAGAAGCCUUCUAUUUUCGCCCAGACUACUGUGGGAUCAUCAACAAAACCGAUGGACCGUUCAGGGAUUGCCGAGCAGUAGUGGACCCCACAGCCUUCGUGUAUAGUUGUGUAUACGACAUGUGCAGCAACAGGGAUAACAUCACCACACUCUGUCAGGCCAUCCAGGCAUAUGCCCUUGCCUGCCAGGCCCUAGGCGUCACGAUACGAUCCUGGAGAUCUCGAACCUUCUGCGGUGAGAUUUUGUCGUUGUCGUGUCCGCAGUACGGCCAUUACCAAGUGUGCACAAGCGCCUGCCCGGCCUCGUGUUCGGACCUCACCGCUCCCCUGUACUGUGCCCACCCUUGCACCGAGGGCUGCCAGUGUGAUGCAGGUUAUGUUCUCAGUGGCAGCCGUUGUGUACAGCGGGAAGACUGUGGCUGUGAGAGUAAUGGCCUCUAUUACCACCUUAAUGAGACGUUCUGGGCAGGUCCCAGUGGCGAGGAAGGUGAAUGUUUCCUCCACUGCACCUGUGGGCCUGCUGGAGAGGUCUCCUGCUCCAACGCGUCCUGUAAGGAGGGGGAAGUAUGCGUGGCAGAAGUGGGCCGUCUGGGCUGCUACCCUCGGAGGGAGGGAGUGUGCGCAAUCACCGAGACCUCAGUGUCCUCCUCCUUUGAUGGCACCUUCUUGCUGUUCCCAGACGACAGCUCCUAUUACCUUCUGAAGCUGUGUGGUCCAGUGCCAGCGAAUGGCUCCAUGGUGGAGGUGAAGAUAGGCAGGAGGCUGGUAAACAAAGGCCCCUCUUGGAAAAGACCUGUGGUAGUUACAGUGGCUAACCUUGAAGCUCAGAUCGGAGGGAUGGAUUUUGACACAGUAAAGGUGAAUGGUGAACAAGUGGCGCUUCCUUACGUCCAUCCAAUGGAGACAAUGAUGAUCUACAGGGCGCCAGGCAAUGCCACAGUGGUGGAGGCACGUGGUCUUCUUCGUGUUCUCUACAACCGCCAGGGAUACCUCAACAUCUCCCUCUCCACCAUAUUCUACAAUGUUACUUGUGGUCUAUGUGGUGUGUUCAAUAGCAAUGCCACCGAUGAUCUCCGCCUCCCCAAUGGACGCCUGGCAGACUCGACUGAACAGUUCACAGACGGCUGGCGGGCCAUCGCUGAUGACCUCACCUGUAACGGUGACUGUGAUGACCUGUAUCGCAUGUGCACUGACUUGCGUAUCUACCAGAGUCCUUGGAUGUGUGGCAACAUCAACGACCCCGGGAACAGUUCAUUUCUGGCGUGUCACGCAGUGGUCAACCCGUCACCCUUCUUCAGGAACUGCUUAUAUAACAUGUGUGUGAGGCAGGGGAACCGUUCAGCUCUGUGUUCCUCACUGCAGGCGUAUUCCACUGCUUGUCAGGAUGCUCAAAUAGGCCUCAGUUCGUGGAGGACUGCUACCAACUGUCCUCUUCCCUGUCCAGAGAACAGUCAUUUUGACGAGUGCACCCACGCCUGCCCUCUGACCUGUGCCAACCUGGAUGAGCCUGAAGAGCCGUGUCCUCUGCCGUGCCAGGAGGGGUGUCAGUGUGAGGACGGCUUUGCGUUGCGGGACGGCCUGUGUGUGGCACGCAGCGACUGUGGCUGCAUUAGCCACGGCCGGCAGCUGGCCACUAAUCAGACUUUCUGGACGGAUUGGGAAUGCCAGGAGCGCUGCUACUGCAAUGGCUCUGACAACAGUGUGUACUGUCAGCUCGCACCCUGUCACCCUGAGGAGUACUGCCAGGAGAACGAGGGCCUUUAUUUCUGCCAGCCGCGCACCGAGGCCCUGUGUGUGGCGGCUGGUUAUGGACAUUUUCUGCCCUUUGGUGGUGUGCCGUUUGAGCUGCAGAGCUCUUGUACUCUUAGGAUGGCCACUUCCAACUGCGGAAGGGAGAACAUGGACGAUACUGCCGUCUCUGGAACUUUUCCCCAGUUCAAGUUUGCAGCUCGGAACGAGGAAAGGGACACAGGCUCGGCCAUUUGGGUGAGGGGCUUCGUACUGGAGGUCUACGGGUAUGAGAUUGAAGUCUCUCGAACCUACAAAAACACGGUGACGGUGAAUAUGGAGCGUUUGUACCUUCCUCUGAAGCUGGGCCCAGGAAAGGUCAACAUCUUCAUCUUGGGCAAACAGCUCAUCCUGGAGACAGACUUUGGCCUGAAGGUGGCCUUUGACUGGAACACUCUCCUCCUGCUGACUUUGCCCCGAAACCUCUACAACGCCUCCUGCGGCCUCUGCCAUGGCAUGCCCGUAUCCCCCCCCACCCUUACCACCACUGACUGGGGCAUGGCGUGGGCAGAGAGGGACACCUUCUGCCAGGUGGGCUGUGGAGACUCCUGCCAGCGCUGUGGCCUGGGAGAGAAAAUGCGGCUGUGUGGGCUAAUUGCGGAUCGAGGAGGUGCGUUUGCACGCUGUCACAGCAAGGUGGCGCCAGCCUUCUUUUAUCAAGGCUGCCUCCAGGACACCUGCAUGGACCAGGGGGCCCAGGAUACAAUCUGUAACUGGCUGCAGAUCUAUGCCAGCACCUGUCAGACCCAAGGAGUGCCUGUAACUGGCUGGAGGAGCGAUACACCAUGUGUCCAGAGCUGUCCGCCGAACAGCCAUUACUCCGGCUGCGUGUCGGUCUGCCCGCCCCAGUGCGCCCCCGCCCGUGGCCAGAGGGACUGCAGUCAGGAGUGUGCGGAGGGCUGCCAGUGCGACCAGGGCUACGUGCUCAACGGCAAGAGCUGCAUCCUGUCUCAGAACUGUGGCUGCUACACCGAUGGCAAGUACUACGAGCCCAAGCAGCUGUUUUGGAACAGCGACUGCACCAAACGCUGCCAGUGCAUCGGACGGAACCUGAUCCAGUGCGACCCGCGGCGCUGCAAGGCGGAGGAGGAGUGCGCCCUGCGGUACGGGGUUCGAGGCUGUUUUGCCCGUCGCUUGCAGCACUGCGUGGCCUCGGGCGGGGGGGUCUUCAGGACCUUUGACGGGGCGUCACUGCGGCUCCCGGCCUCCUGCUCCUUCGUCCUGUCGACCAACUGUCACAAACUGCCCGACCUCUCCUUCCAGCUCAUCGCCAACUUCGAUAAGUGGAGCACGCCCAACCUCACCACCAUCUCUCAUGUCUACCUCUACAUCAACGAGGAGAAUAUACUCGUGUCUGGCAGCACAAUCAAGGUCAAUGGCACAACGGUGUCGCUGCCAUUCCUCACAGGGCUGAUGACACGUCUGUCCACAUCUGAAGGCUUCAUCGUCAUCGACACACCGCAGGACAUCCAGAUCCGGUACAACCGCUUCAACACCCUGAGCAUCACCAUGGGCCAGCGGCUGCAGAACAAGGUGUGUGGCCUUUGUGGGAAUUUCAACGGAGACGCCAGCGACGACUACAUCACCUCCAGAGGCAAGCCGGCCGUCAGCGCCCUGGAGCUGGCCCAGAGCUGGAAGACCAACGGUAUGCAGAACAGUUGUGACGAGACCCAGUACGUGGCUCUGGCCCAGUCAUGUGACAACACAGCGGUGCUGGCGCUGCAAGGUGAAGACGCCUGUCAGAAGCUCACCCAGGUGAAGGGCUUCUUCCAGCCGUGCCAUGGCCUGCUGGACCCCCGGCCCUUCUACCAGUCCUGUUACCUGGACGGCUGCUACAACCACCGCAAGGCUCAGGUGUGCGGCUCGCUGGCGGCCUACGCCGAGGCCUGCCGCUCCCUGGGCACCCUCACCACCAAGUGGAUCACCCAGGAGAACUGCUCAGAAUGGAUCUAUGACCCCUGUGCAGGAGAGAUCUGCACAAACUUCACCUGUGAGCUGGAGAACGGAGGCGACCUGUGCGGCUGCCCAGAGCUGCCCACCAGCACAGGAGGUGAUGAUGACAUCAUACAGGCAGAGGUGAUGUGUAAACAUGCGCAGAUGGAAGUUUCCAUCUCCAAGUGUAAACUCUUCCAGCUGGGCUUCGAGCGAGAGGACGUGCGGGUCAACGAUGAGCACUGCGCCGGCAUCGAGGGCGAGGACUUCAUCUCGUUCCGCAUCAACAACACCAAGGGACACUGCGGCUCCAUCGUGCAGUCGAACAGCACACACAUAAUGUACAAAAACACGGUGUGGAUAGAGAGUGUGAACAACACGGGGAACGUCAUCACCAGAGACAAAACCAUCAACGUGGAGUUCUCCUGCGCCUACGAGCUGGACCUGAAGAUCUCCCUGGAGACCGUCCUCAAACCCAUGCUCAGUGUGAUUAACCUCACGUUACCGACCCAGGAGGGAAACUUCAUCACAAAGAUGGCUCUGUACAAGAACGGCUCGUACCGCCAGCCGUACAGGGAGGGGGAGGUGGUGCUCAGCACGCGGGACGUCCUGUUCGUGGGCGUCUUCGUGGAGGGCGCCGAUGAGAACCAGCUCAUCCUCAUCGUCAACAUGUGCUGGGCCACGCCGUCCCGCUACAGCAGCGACCGACUCCGCUACAUCAUCAUAGAGAGGGGGUGUCCAAACAUCAAGGACAACACCAUCGGCAUGGCAGAGAACGGCGUCUCGCUCACCUGCCGCUUCCACGUCACCGUCUUCAAGUUCAUCGGGGAUUACGACGAGGUCCACCUCCACUGCGACGUCUCGCUCUGCGACUCGGACACAAACGCCUGCAAAGUGAACUGUCCACACAAGAGGAGAAUGUACUCAGAGGACCAGAACCAUCAAGAGCACAUACUGAGUGUGGGACCCAUAAGAAGGAGAGAAUCCGACUGGUGCGAGUACCACAACGGAGGCUGUGAGCAGAUCUGCUCCAGUAAAGGAACCGGACCAGUGUGCAGCUGUGUGACUGGGAUGCUGCAACGAGACGGGAAAAGCUGCCGGACCGUGAGCUCGAGCUGCACCGCUCCACCUGCGGUUCCUCUGCUGGUCGUCGGCGCUGUGAUCUCCGUGUUCCUGGCUCGUGCUCAGACGCCUCUCCUCUCCUAACAGCCCGAGAGCCGAGGGCGACGCCAGCGGACGAAUCGAAUCAAACUCACGAAAGACUUGAAGAGGCACAGCAGUGAUUAGACAGUAGAUCGGCUGUGAGACAGAUUUCUAGACGGAACUCGUAGUUUUCUCCCUUCAGCUCUGCUUCCUCCAUUAUUUACAUCUCAUCGCUGUAUCGUCCGUCUCUUAGAAGACACUUUCGCCAUCUUCAGACCUGAUGUGAACUUCUGUCCUGAGAGAUCCGAUCACAAGUAGGUUAGGAAACCAAUCAAGAACCGUAGGGGUUUUAUUCUUUAAUUUAUCUGAAACAAAACAAGGAAUUUGAAGGUUGUCGUGAUUUUUUAUUUAUUAGGAUUUUUCAUUAUUAAUGAAAAUUUUACAGCCCUAGGAAAUAGCCAGCAGAUUAGUUGAUAAUGGAAAUAAUCAUAACAUCCAAACCUGGAUGCAACAGACCGACACAUCCUGCAGAAAUGCUCAUUGUCAGAAUCUGUAAAGCAACACGAUGCAACUUUUUCACCUUAAAACUGCAGCUUUACAUUGAGUUGAUGGUUCAGUGACAGUGUUAUCAACGUCCCACUGACGCACACGCUCCACCAAUUGGGAUUCAGUCUCAACUGUGAAUCAAUAAUCACAUUUUUACAGCAUUAAAUAUCUAAUUUAAACCAGAAUUAUUGUAAAAAAAAAUUAACUUUGCAAUCACAAAUUGUAUUUGACAUUUUCAUUUUUAGUUUGGUCCAUGUCCUGUGCACUAACAUGGAGGAGGAGUUUAUGACCUAUGCUGCAGCCAGCCACCAGGGGCUAGUUGAGACACUUUGGCUUCACUUGUAGGGACUUACCUGUUUCCUUUUUUUCAGUAGACAGCUUCAGAGUCAUAGUUAUUUGAUCUUUCCACAUAUUUGACAUAUCCAGAAGGAGAAUAUCUGAUCCAGACCAGCUCUAGAUGGGAUCCGGUUGGUACCAUAGCCACUGUAUUACACUGACUCUGUAUAUACACCUGCAGUACGUGUCUGUCCAUACCCAGAAAGAUUAUUGCUCGGUACACAUAACCUCUAAAUGUCCUGCUGUAAUUUAUUCACUUCCUACGAUCUCCGGAUAAACUUCCGUUCAGUUUUUACCAAAAAUAACAGAAUAAAAUGCAUAAAUUUACUAAAUCUACAUGUGGAACACUUAAAUCUCCGUGACAGAAUAUUUCGUAAUGCGUAAAUGGAAGUUAUAAGUUUAACCAGGAUGUCGAGGGGGAGUUUGUGAAUAAAGUGAGUAUUUAUAUGUGAGGAGAGCACCUUGUGAAAUGAAUACUCGUAAAUUUUAAACUAGUACCACGUUGUCAGCGUGUUGUGGCUGUAAGAUAUAUUCGGCCAGUUGUAGUUUUCUCAUGUCGCUGCAUAUAUGUUCUAACGUUUCCCCUCACACGUUCUGACUGUGGACAUAAUACUGUCAGCAAAGUAAGUAUAAGUACACUCCCCACACAGUAUCUUUGUACUCGGCACCUUCAUGUGUUAUAAGUGUCAGAGUAUCACCACAUAUCUGAUGUAAACCUUCAGUGUUCUUCAGUUGAAAUUCUAGUUUUUGUUAUUAGUCCUGUUUUUCUACCUUCUAUGUACAAAUGUACAGUCCCUGUCACUUUGGUGGUUUUAUGUCUCGAGCGUUUUUAAUAAUCAGUAUCUUUGUGUGUGUGUGUGUGUGUUUGUUCAAAAACCUGACAACAGAUGUAUUAUCGUUUGAGAGCAGCGUCACCGUAUA